GCGCUCUUGGAGAUGGUGAAGGCUCGGCCUUUUUAGCCCUCGCCCGAACUCCCAGGUUCCCCAUUGGAGCCCCAGAGUAACCGACGUGCUCUCCGAUUUAGUAGCAUCUGGGAGUGAGUCCUUGAUUGAGUUCCGAGGGGCGACGAGGACGGUGGAGUGGCGUCCGCUGCUUCCGGCGAGGGGAAGAAGCCGCGGCUCUGGAGGCCGCGGACCAUAAUCUUGAUCGCCCUUAGGGCCGAGAACUGGGGCUCCUUUUUUAGUCUCUACUUGGUCAGAAAAUGUAGCUCUAGUCUGGAAAUUGCCUUUCAAGUGUUAAUUUGUGGAUCCCGUUGGCUAUCUUCAAGAAGUUCAGGUUAUCACACUGCAGAUUUAUAGUUUUUCUGUCAAAGUGUGCAAAAAUUUUAGUGUUGGUAUAAACAGUUCUGAGACAAUGGUCGCCCAAAAUCAGAGCAUGUCACUGGGAUCCAUGUUGGAGGAGACAGUGGAAAAUUUGUUUGGGAGAGAAAUCAUGGAGUUGGCCAAAGAUGGAUUUGAGAGCUUCUGGGAGGAAGAAAUGAUAUAUUCAAAGGUUUUCUUUGAAAAUUGUAUUAGUAAUGGUAGGAAUAGUUGUGAUGUUUUUGGGACCAUGAAAUUUCAACUAGAUGAAGGCAGCAAGUUGAUAACACUAGGCAAUUACAACUGUGAAAGCUCAGUCCCGGCAAAUGUAUCUUCCACAAAACGUUCAUCCAGAGAAACUUUAAAGCACACUAAGACGAGUCUCAGGGAAAUAGGCGGAUCAGGGUAUUUUGUGGACAGAUCUUCUUCCUGGGCCGGAUCUGAUGCUCAGAAGACGAAUGUGAAGCGGCUGAAGCUAUCGCCUGUUGAGAACUUGAGCUAUAAGGAUAAAGGCACAGGACAGAAGUUGGAUGACACCUGUAACGUAUCGAUGCACCUGGGUACAUCGAAUGUUAUCCCAAGCAUAUUUCUUUCAAAUUCUUCUGAUGUUUGUCAACAAGUACCAUGCCGUAUAGUUGAAUCUUUUGGUCAGGGGUUCAUUUCUAGCUACCAUAUGAUUGAUGUGCAGGGUAAUUUGAAUGGUUUUGAUAUUAAUGGUGAUCCAAAAUGUAAAAGCAAAACAGGAAAUGAUAAGGUUUUUGCAAAAGCUAAAUCUGAUAAUACCACUGGUUCUCAACAGAGCUGUACUUUGAAGAUUUUGGAGUCAGGCAAACAUGUUGUUCUUGGUAAAAGGCCUCUAGCACGGUUAUGCAUUAACCAACAAGCUGAAGAAUCCAACAUUCUAAAUUCAGAGAUGGUCAGUGCUGCAAAGAAGGUGGCUUUCAUGAGGGAUCUUCCCAGCCGUCUUCGUUCACAUGCACAUCAUCUUCUGAUGGAAGCUGGCUGGGAAAUUGAAGUACGCAAGAGGAAAGAUGGGACAAAAGUAGAUUUCAUUUACAAAUUACCUGAAGAAGGACCAUGUUUAUAUUCACUUCCAAAAGCUUGGGUAUCAUGUGGUAAGGUCUUAUCUGCUGGCACAUGGGCCUUGGAAGAGGAUGAAAAUGGAAGACAGUGGGUCACUAUCAAUGAAUUUUGGUUUGACUUGGCAGAUACUCUGGGACAAAUUGAAAAGGGUAUUCAGCAACCAGGAAAGGUUUUGUCGCUUCUAGACAGGUGGAAGAUACUUGAUCCAUUCAUGGCUGUCAUAUGCAUUGACAAAAAGAUCCGUGCCCUGCGGGAGGGAAAUGCAUUGAAAGCUGUGAAUAGUGCAACAGUUAUGCUUACAGGGAAUGCACAUAUGAUCUUGGCAGAAAAGGGUGUAGGCAGAGUUCAAGAUAACCUUGGGAAACCCGAUUCACAUUUAUUGUGCAGAUCAAAAAGGAGUCUUCUGCCAAAUCCCAUGCCUGCUGACAAGUCCAAGGUGCAAGAAGGUUUAUGCAUUCAACAAGUAUCUGUUACACAAAGUUGUCAUGUUUUGAGAAACAAGCAUAAAUAUCGUCGAGCCAAGCAUAAACCUUGUUGUGGUGCAGAUGUACAAAACAGAAGCCUUAGAACCAUCACCAAGCACAUAGGCAAGGGGUUUCAUGAUUCUAAGGGUUUUCAUGGCAUUAGUUCUGAGGCUGCAAGUAUUCAUAAUAAAACAAAUCAAUUAUGCAGUAACCGUAAGUCAAGUCAGAGAAAAUCAUGCAUAUCUGUUCCCAUAAGUUUUGCAGAAAAUAUUCUUUUAUGCAAAAAAAUCAACUCAGCGGAAUCAAAAACACAGGCACCUCAUUCUCCUAGAUCAGCGGAAGAUGCUUGUUUGAAUAAAUCUGUUGAUUCUUCAGCUGAAGAAGGUGGCUUAUCUUUGAGUCAUGUCGGGAAGUUGCUUGUGGGGAAUCAACCUUGUGGGGAAACAACAAUUGACAAGCAGAUGCCAGUUGUUAAACAUAGAGAGAAGAGUGCAUAUCAAGGAAGGGAUGGGGUCUGUACGAAAGUGGAACUUGCUCAUGAGGAUACGUGGGAUAGUUUUGUGAAAAAAGUUGAUCAACAAGAGAAAUUGGGGUCUUCUGUUUUUCUUGGUGGCAGUGUCAGAAAACGUUUUAGUUGGGAAGAAAGUGACAGGAAUGGAGGUGCUUUGGAUUGUCCAACCAUUUGUGAGAAAAUAUGCACAUCAGUUCAGGAAAAGAAGUUACAUGGAGUGACACAAAACAAGAAUUCCUCUGAAGACUCCUGGAGCUUACUGACCCAAAAAGCCAAGAAGUCCUCUGGAGACUCUGGGAACUUAUUCAUAGUAAACCGGGCUUCUCAACAUCCGAUGCCAGAGCAACAAGUCUUAUAUCUUUAUCCCCAAGAGGGAACUCCAUGUUUUAGUAUGGAUGAUAGGUGUAGGCAACAGCUGUUUACUUGUGUAAGCAUGCCUGAGGCCAUGGAAAGAAUUAAUAUGCAGCAGCAAAUGCAAUCUUCAGUCUAUCAAUUGAGCCUCACUGGAGGACAUUUUCGUUUUGGCUUAGAUGGAAGUACUGCACAAAAUGUGAACAUUCCAAUACAGUGUGUGGAACUCAAUCCAGCCCCCAAACAAAGCCCCAGCUUAGCUGAAAAAGUAGUUCAAACAAUCUGUGUAAAGGAUUCUGAGUUUCACAAGGAGGAUAAUGCCAGAAGCUCAGGAACUUCAGACUCUCAAAUGAGGCAAACUUCUGCAUCUGUUUCAAUUGAAAUGGCGGGCAACAAGUCUAAGAAGAUUUCAGAAGUUGAAGCAGUCAAAGUAACUGACAUUAAUGUUGGAGCAAAGCCAACUAAUAGAAAUUGCAUAGAGUUGCUUGGUCUUGAUAUUGAUGGUAAGGUCCAGAAUCAUCUGUUUCCAGUUAACCAGAUAGAGAAUUCUGUAUUGAGAUUGGAAUCAACUUCUGAAUGCUUAAAGAACUCAGACUGCCUUGAAAAGCAGUGUGGUGAUACUUCAAAAAUUGGGGUAGGGCAUACACCUGCGGUACUUGAAGAUGGUUCAGCAAAAAAGAUAUAUAAAAAGCCCCCAAAAUCGGAAAUCAAGGCAGGCAGGCAAAAUAACAAAGACAAAAAGUUCGAUCCAAUGAUGUCUUUGGAGGAUGAAUCUGGAGGCAUUUUGUCAAAAGUAAAAACAGAUAAUAAGAUAGCUGGUGUUCAAUCAACAACUUGCAAGGAUAAUGCAGUAGAGGCAAGCUCCGAGAUGUCCACCUCUAUCAUGUUAUCCCAUUCUACAUAUGGUGAAAGUGUAGAAUUGAUGAAUAUGUUAGAUAAUAACAAGCUUCCUUCAGAACAUUUUGGUGAGGAGAAGUCUGAUGAAGAUUUACGUUUUGCUAAUGGUGAGUCUACAGAUGUUGGGGACAACCAAGGUGUUAUCAAGGCAAAGAAAUCUGAAGUCCGUAGGGAAAAUGGGCAUAAGAGAUGGAGGGUUUCCCAAGUUGAUGAUGAUGAUGAUCUUCUGAUGGCUAUUAUCAUAAAUAAAUAUUACAGGUCUAGCAGUAGGAAUUCUGCUUCCAAAGCCAGGUUGUUGAAGUCAAAUGCUUUGAGAAAGUUCAAAAGUCGAAAGGGUGGUCAUAAAUUACUUCCACAAACUGCUGGAAAAGGUGGAAAACACUUUGCUGACGGGAAGCGAUUAUUCUUAGGAGCAAGAACAGUGUUUUGCAGGUUGAUUGAGAUGGGUGUCAUAUCGAUAAACAAUGUCAUCCAAUAUCGGAAUCCAAAGAACAAUACAGUGGUAAAGGAUGGGCGAGUUACUAGGGAUGGAAUUCUCUGUAAAUGCUGCGGCAAGAUCCUCUCUGUAUCUGACUUUAAGUUUCAUUCAGGUUUCAAGCUACGAAGACCCUCCUUGAAUCUUUUCAUGGGCUCUGGUAAGCCAUACACCCUUUGUCAGCUGCAAGCUUGGUCUAUUGAGUACAAGUCUAGGAAAGAUAAUAUGCAAACAAUGGAAGCUGUGGAGCUGGAUGAAAGCGAUGAUAGUUGUGUGCUUUGUGGUGAUGGUGGUGAACUAAUAUGCUGUGAUAAUUGCCCCUCUACCUAUCAUCAAGCAUGCUUGCCCUCACAGGAGCUUCCAGAAGGCAGCUGGUAUUGCCCUAACUGCAGUUGUGAGAUAUGCGGGGAUGUGGUGAAUGCUAUGGAGAACUCAAACACCGUGGCUGCUUUAGAAUGCUCACUAUGUGAAUGUAGAUAUCAUACCAAAUGCAUAAAGGAAAUGAUUACAUAUAAAGGGGAAGUGGAAUCUGAUGCUUGGUUUUGUCGACAAAGUUGCCAACAGGUUCAUGUGGGCUUACGUUCUCGUGUUGGAGUGACAAACUGUCUUGAUAAUGGAUUCUCUUGGAUGAUUCUUAGAUGUAGUCAUGGUGACCAUAAAGUUCAGUCGGCACAAAAAAUUGCACUGAUGGCAGAAUGCAACAUAAAAUUAGCAAUUGCCUUGACUAUUAUGGAGGAGUGCUUUCUACCGAUGGUAGAUCCAAGAACAGGCAUAGACAUAAUCCCUCAUGUCUUGUACAACAGGGGGUCUGACAGUGCACGUUUGAAUCAUAAAGGGUUUUAUACUGUAGUCUUGGAGAAGAAUGAUGAGCUUAUUUCAGUAGCAUGUAUCAGGGUGCAUGGAGUCAUGGUGGCAGAGAUGCCUCUCAUUGCAACUUGUACCGAGCACCGUCGGCAAGGAAUGUGCAGGCGUCUUGUUGGUGUAAUUGAAGAGGUAUUUAGUUUCUUUCUCAGGUCUUAG